AAGAAGAUACUGAUUCCGACCUUCUACAUGCGUGCAUCAUAUACUUAUAUGACGACGAAGUAAGUAAAUGAUCCAUUUCCAAAAAUAUUGAAAACUGAUUCUGCAAGAAUGAAGGGUCAAUGGCUCAUGUUAGGUAUUUCAAACACGGCUACGAAACUAUAAUUGGUGAGAUAGCAAGUCCAAGAGAACUAUUUCUCACUUCUGAAUGUGCGAAUAUUUCUAUGUGCGAGGUAAAGGGCAAAAUCAAAGUCGACUUUCGCGGGAAAAGCGACAAUAACUAUGUCUCGGGAAUCCGGUCUAUCGAAGACAGGUACUUUUAUCGGUUCAACUAUGAUAUUUUGUCUGAAAGCUUCACCGAAGCUUCCGAAAUGAUAAUACAGAAUCCAGGAACUACCCUUGAGAAUUACGAUUGUCCUGCUCGGGUUGCAGCCAAUAGGAGAAAGGAGAAUCAAUCGUUGAAAGUAUUGGACUUGAAUAGAGACAGCGGAACCGCUACUGGAUUUAUCUAUCAAGACAUAGAAUACCACCUCAGAGACUUUGUAUACUUCGUUUCUGAAACCACUUCAUAGAAGAAAAAGCCUUACCAUAUUGGUCAGAUUUUACAAAUCCUAGUCGAUGACCUUGAGGAUUCCGAUUCUAUGUCCAAAACAGAUGAGCGAGAAGAUUAUGAACCGGAUAUCAGUUUGUGGGUGGAUGUAUAUAAGCGAUAUGAUGAUUAUUUCCAAGCUGCGAGAUUUGAGGAUAUUGGAAAUAUAGUUGAACUUACAACUUUCGACGAGAGACGAGUUUUCCUCAGAAAACCAAAGACCUUGAAUCCGGAAAGACUUGAUGGCCGUUGCUUUGUUAUGCACAUUGAGCACAUUGAGGAUCUAGACGCCUACAAAGACUUGGAAGACACAUUCUGGGUUCAGGAUCAUAUUCCACAAGAUUUAAUAAAAGAUUCCGUUUCCGUUGAAGAUUUGCAACCAAUGCCUAGAAAACAUUUCAAGUACUCUAAGGAGAGCAAGAAGAGGUUGAAACGAGAGGAAGAGAAAGUGGUAUUCCAAGAGAAUGGGACGAAGUUAACGACUCUGGUAAGCCCUGUUGCCUCCCUUUAAAUGUUAUAAGAUAUAUGCUAAAUUUCUGACAAGGAUAUUGUAAAAGUGGUAGGUCGAGAUACAUGCAUCCCGAUAGUAUAUUGUGAGGAAGGAAUUGGAAGAGAAAGCUGAAUUAGAUUAUAUUGUAAUACAUUACUUAUAAGUAAAACAGGGUUCAUAAUGGUUUUGAGGUUGAUAUUAUAUAGAUUCAAAUAUAUAUAUAUAAAAGGUUGAUUAUUAUAAAAAGAAGAGGCAAAAGGCUUUUCUUUUAUAUUUAAUUAUAGAAGAUUAUAUAAUUGAUUAAUUAAAACCUUUAUGUAUUUGACCUAUAAUUCCAACUUUCUCACAAUAUCUUCAGCGGAGCGGGUGGAUUAAGCCAGGGCUUCCAUGAAAGUGGAAUAGUAGGGACUACAUACGCCAUCGAGUUCGACACCGCUGCGGCUAAGACCCUCAAGCGAAACUUUCCAGAUGCUAUCGUGUAUAAUCAUGAUGCGAACAAGCUGUUACAAUGGGCAGUAAAUGAAGAAGCCUGUCUAAAUGCAGGAAUUCUAUACGAUAUGGAAAAUAAUGCCCUUUUGAAAAUGCCUUCAAUAGGAGAUAUCCAGAUGAUUAUUGGAGGCCCCCGUGUCAAGGAUGGAGUGCAUUGGAUCGAAAUAAGGGGGAGCGGUGCUCUAAAAUAGAGUUGAUUGCGACUUAUCUCUCGUAUGUCGAUUUCUACAGGCCGAAAUAUUUUCCGCUACAAAAUGUAAUGGGGCUGGUGCACCAGAAGGUAGGUUUCUCACACAUAAAAACUUCCUGAUAGACAAAUAAUCAUUAUAGCUCGACGGUGUUGACGUCCCGGGUCAUUCUUACGGCAGUCUGCGUAAUGGCGCAGUAAAGUAUGCAAUAAUGAUGAAUUCCUAUUAGCAUCAAAACUGUUUUGCUAACAAGAAAUACAGAUUCAUCUUCCGGACUUUGAUAUCGUUAGGCUAUCAGUGCCAAUGCGCGUCUCUACAAGCCAGUGUAUUUGGAUCACCUUCCUCCAGAACAGAGUAAUUUUCUGGGCAUCCCUACCUGGAUAUGAACUCCCGAAAUACCCCCAGGCAACACACUUGUUUGACGGAAGGGUGC